AUUAUCCCAAUCACCGAUUUCAACAGGAAUUUACUUCCGGUCCACUUUGUCAUCGAUCCAGGACCGGAUUUCAGCUGGUGGAGUGACGAAGAAGACGCGACGAUGGCCGCACGACUGGCGAUGAACGACGGCGAUAAGCUAGCUUUACUAAGCGAGUAUAUGGAUCUGGUGAAAAUGGAUGUGAGAAGGGGAAGUGUGAAGAAAACGCGGCCGAUUCGUACUACGCAGUCGACGGCGACUAUGGAAAAGAGUAUGACACUGGCUAGUAGU